AUGAAAAUACAGACCUUUGACGUUCCUCACAUUAUAAACCAAAUAAAAAGGGCAAGCCCACCAAAAGACAAGGAAACACACAAAUUUCUGAAUAAUCUGGCAAUUCUCUUGGAGAAAAAUACAACAAAGAAGAAUUCUCCGCUUGAAUCCUCUCUUGUUUCUACUACAGACAAACUUAAUGAGACAUUUUUAGAUUUAUGUUUUAGAAGAAAGGAACUAGUCAAAAGAUUCAGCCAGGACUACUUUGACAUCGUAAAUAAUGCAUUUACAGCGCUGAAAAGAAACAAGGAUGCUCUUGAAACGUUAUCCAUCCCACAGGUUGACUCAAUAAACUGGGAUUUAAAAACAAUGAGUGAUUCAAACUCCUCAAUGCCCUUGAUAUUCUCAAAAUUGCAAAAGGCAAGGAGCAUCAUUGAGGAUGCUAUAGAAAAGAAUGAUGGGAUGAUUAAAGAUGCAAAUGGAUGCAUUGAUGCAUUUUUUAGUACUAUAUAA